CCUCCAAUAUUCAUAGUAUAAAGCUCUCUCAUACCCUCUUAGCAGCAUCUCCAAAGCUGCUCUUAUCCAUGUGAAACCGAGAAGCGCCAGUACGGAGUACAGAGCCAUCGAAGAAAAACAGCAACAACCCUGGACAACGUCCUUAUAAACCGAACCAGCCGCUCAACCACACGCAGGCAGCACCCCUAGGUUUUCAUCUACUCCUCCUCCAGCCGAGCAAGCGAGCAAAAGAGAGCGCGACAGUGAGCAAGAGAGGCAAUAUGCCCUACUUUUGCUGGAAGGUCUGCCUGAGAUUCGGCUGCGGCUGCAUCGAGUUCAGCGACACGCAGCACGUGUGCGGUCCGUUCCGGCACGACUGCACCGCCUGGAUGACCAUGAAGAAGACCGACAAGUCGUGCGAGGUGCAUCGCCGCGGCCAGAGCCGGGCGCUGCAUGGCGGCGACGACAGCAACAUAUUCAAAGACGGAGAGCCCUCCCCCGCUCCGCCUUUGGUCGAGGACGGAGAGCCGUCUAACCCUGGCACGCGGGGGAAAGUUGGAGGGGGAGAUCGUCCCCCGGAGGGCUGGUUACCGGCUGCGGGCGGCGAGGUUGUCGGGGAGCAAGGUUGCUGGAUUCGCUGUUAUCAAGAAGAGGGAGGUGAGCGGUUCGAGAGGUGCGAUGCUGCUUUUGGGGGGGAGAGGAGUGGCCUGCAGCCGGCAGAGAGCGUUGCUCAGCAAGGGACGGUGUUGAAAGUGGCAGGAGAAGGCAUACCCGCAAAAAGCCACUGGGAAGGAUCCUAUCUUGCUCGACGACAAGAAGCAUGAUCUGCUGGUUUUGUGGAUUCGAUAUGGGGGGGUUUCUAGGAAUCACAGAAACCAGAUUGGUGAGUACCUAGCUACCGGUAAGGCACUCGUGGACAUACUACUCACCGCUACAGGACGACAUAUCUCUCCCAGGUUUGGUGUUCCGGCGGAUGAUUAAUGGACAGGCGGAACAGAACGGUAAGGAAUAAACAACAGACGACAGACAGAGAUAAAGAUGCAUGAUUAUUGAACGCACGAUACAUGGCAUACCUCUCUCAG